AGGUGCGCUCAAUAGCUGGCCGCAAAUAAGAGCAAGCCCAUUCCUGCACAAAGUUGUUCUUCGCAGCGUUACACAUCAUCUGCGUCCUUCGUAUCGCUUGGGAUUCAUCUGUCGGGUUCAUUGCCUACCAUGGACGGGACAUCGAAGAAGCAGAACGUUCCCGCACUCGACGUGUCUUCGUACUCUAAACUUCCUAUUUUGAAUGGUUUCUACGAGACGGUGUUCGACUUCUUCAAAAUGACGGUCCCGGCCAGGAUAAGCGAAGGCCGGCAAAUGCUCGACAUCGGCUGCGGAGAUGGUCAUGUGACAAGAGAGGUCCUCCUGCCGCGGAGCCUCCCGUCCCGGAGACUGGUGGCUACGGACGUGUCUUCGGAUAUGGUCGGCUUUGCGAGGGCCAACUUUCCGCACCCCAAGAUUUCCUACGACCUCCUCGACGUCAGCGAUUCUGGUGACGUAAAACGUUUUAUAGACACGUACGGUCGGUUUGAACGAGUCUACUCUGUCUGCUGCUUGAAUUGGGUGCCAGAUCAGACAUCAGCGUUCGGCAACAUAGCCUCACUUAUGACCAAUGAUGGCGACUGCGUGCUGCUAUACCCAGCCGUCGGCAUUGUCCGGAGAAUUUGGCAAAGGUUGGCAGCGACUCAUCGAUGGAGUCGCUUUACCGACGUGUUCGCGUCGUUCACAACGAGGAGCUUCCAGUUGACGGAUGACGAGUCUCUGAUGGCGUACGUGCGGGACCUGCUUGAAGAAGCGGGCCUUUAUGCAAGCACGUGUGAGCUCCUCCGAUUCGACUGGCUCGACACCGCCCCACUGAAUCAACUAGCCCAGUACGCGGUGUCCAUCAGCCCUGUCCACGACAAGCUCACCGAAGAGGAGAAGGUACUUCUUCAAGAGGACGUCGAGAGAGAAAUGAGCACACUGAGCACAAUGAGAACAAUGAGCAAAGCUGAUAUGACAUUCUAUGUUAUUCGUGCGACUCGACGUCGUAAGAAUUAGCGGUUGCCGUCUGCUGAUUAGGGUAGCCCUCGUGUAAAGUGAGCUCGUGAUGCUUAAAGUACAGUGACAAUAAAUAAAACACGCGUCUC